AUGAAUGUGCGUAGUAAAUGUCUUUGUCUAUUAGCAAUAGUUAUAAUUUUAUAUUCGAUAUUAUUUUAUUUCAAAUCAAAUAAUGAUCCAUUAGUAUCCGCUAUUUCUUCUCGUACAAUGUCAAUUCCAAAUGGAUAUUUUACGUGCGAUACGCGGAAGAAUAAUUCAACUAUUGAUGGAGAAAAAUAUAAAACUUGUUUGAAAUGGAGUCGAAAUGAUGCAUUUUGGGCUGUCCAAGAUUUACGUCAUAAAUCAUUUAAAAAUUUCUUAAAUGCCUCUUCACUUAUUAUUGAAGUUGGUGGAAAUACUGGACUUGAUACAUCGAAAUUUAUUGAAUUAUACAAUUGUUCAAUAAUUAGUUUUGAACCAUUAAUACAAAUGUCAAAUGAUUUAAAGAAAAAAUUUGAAACAAAUUCAAAAAUCGAAAUACAACCAUAUGGACUUGGUAAUCAAGCAAGAACAAUAUCGAUUGAACCAUUUGAUAAUGAAAAUACUGGUACAAGUAUGUUUCGAAAAGUAUCGAAUAAAAAUUCAACAAAAAUUCAAACUAUCGAAAUACUAAAUAUAAUUGAAGUCAUUCAAAAUAUUAGAAAAACAAAAACACUUAAUAAUGGAAUGAUUGAUAUGAUAAGUAUUAAUUGUGAAGGUUGUGAAUUUGAAAUUUUACCUGCUCUUAUCUCGAAUAAUUUACUACAAUAUUUUCGAAUUAUACAAUUUGCAUCACAUAUGAAUUUUCUAAAUGAUUCAUCAUGUAUUUAUUGUCAAAUCGAACAAACAUUAGAAAAAACUCAUCAGAUAAUAUAUCAAUAUACUAUGUUAUGGGAAGCAUGGGUUAUGAAGAAUUAA